UCUUGCCCUCGACGAUCGGGCACCGGCCUUGUGCCGCAGUCAGCUGUUCAUAGAGUUUCACUUGUUCGUCUGCUAUCGGUCGCGGUUCACGCGCUUUGUCAGUGUCUCUCUGAGGCGUGUAUCGGAAGCACCGGCCAAGCUGUACGAGAUACUUGAACUGUCAGACAUUUCCCGUCAACUUGGGGAAGCAUUUCGUCGCAACGCCAUGGCUGGUGCUAAAACAACGUUCGGCCCCGCAGUGCGCAUGAGGACAUUUUGCGACAAGCGUGUGCUUUUCGCUGUGUUGAUGCUGGUCGCGGCUUCUACACUGAGCCUCUUAAUUGCUGUCGUGGUACGUGCGAUACUUAUCAAGGCUCCAGACGUGCCCUGCGCUUGGCCGGACGGCGAACAGGAGCUGGCCAUUAAAGAUAAUGAGCGUCAUCUGUCCGAGAGGCUGGCAGCAGCCCUGCGGUUCCCCACUGUCAGCACAGGCCCACACGAGUACAACCGGGAGGCCCUAGUGGACUUUGUCCAGUUCCUUGAGAAAGCCUUCCCGCAGGUCCAUUCAUCCCAUUUGGUCAAACGUCAUGUGGUGGCCAACUAUAGCUUGCUUUAUGAGGUCCAAGGUUCGGACCCCAAGCUCGUGCCUUACAUGCUGUGUGCGCACAUGGAUGUGGUUCCAGCUGAUGCGACUAAGUGGCACCACCCGCCAUUUGUGGGACAGGUGCUGGACGGGGAAAUCUGGGGCAGGGGUGCCAUCGAUGCCAAGGACAUUCUCAUGGGCAUCAUGGAGGCACUUGAGUUCCGUCUGGAGCAGGGGGACCUGCCCCAUCGUGGUCUGUUCUUGGCUUUUGGCCACGAUGAAGAGGUUGAAGGUCGGGACGGUGCAGCUGCCAUAGGCCGUUUGCUGCGGGCUAAGGGCGUUAAGCAGGUGGAAUUCAUUCUGGACGAGGGUAUGAUGAUCCUGGAGAGAUUGCUCCCCGGACUUCAGAGGCCAGUCGCAUUGGUGGCAGUGACAGAGAAAGGCUCCAUCAUGGCUAAGGUGUCGGCACGUGGUACCAGCGGUCACUCGGCAGCGCCACCUGUGAACAAUGCGAUCGUUACGCUGUCCAAGGCACUCUCUGGUUUCCAUGGCCAGUGCCAGCCUGCCCAGCUGAGCCGCUCAGUGGUGGCCGAGAUGCUCACUGCCCUGGCUCCAGAGGUGCCGUUCCACUUCCGACUUGCACUGGCCAACAUGUGGCUUCUUGGACCUGCCAUCAGCUGGUUCAUGUCACGGAGCCAGCAGAUGGACCCCAUGAUCCGCACCACUACCACGGUCACUCGCAUUGCUGGCGGCGUGAAGGACAACGUGGUUCCAGCGGAGGCCCAUGCCUACAUCAACCACCGGGUGCACCCUUCACAGUCGGUGGCUGAGGUUUUAGAGCUUGACCGGCAGCUGCUGGGUGGACUGCCCAAUGUCUCCCUGGAGGUUCUCUAUGCCAUGGAGGCACACCCCGUGUCACCGCAUAGUGAGCAAGAGCUGGGCUUCUGUGCCAUCGCCUGCAGUGUGCAGAAGAUCUUCCCCGAGGCAAUUCCUGUUCCUGCCUUGUCAAUAGGAAACACGGACACACGGCACUACCUGGACCUUACCCGAAACGUGUACCGGUUCUCGCCAGCACUCCUCACACCACAAGAGGCCUCUAGUCGUUUCCAUGGUGACAACGAGCGUAUCUCGCGCCCAAACUACGAGCGCCUUGUCAAUUUUUAUCGGCUCGUUAUGCGUUACGCUGAUCAUGCUGGUAUUUCACCCCAGUCACGUGACGAGCUUUAGGCUGCCGCGCCUGCUUCAGCCUUUGUGUGAGCAGAGUGUGCAGUAUUGACUCGUGGAAGUUGGCCUAUGUAAUAUCAACAUGAGUGAAAUGCAAUGAUUUUAGCAGCCGGCAUACUGAAGCGCCAUGUAACAUGUAUAGUUGUGCCGUGAAACGGCCCUGCAAAUGGUUUGAGGGCACAUGUGGGGCUUUUGCGCCAUUACGCUAAGUACGUAUGCUUCAGCGAAUCUGCACAUAGCACAUAUGGAAAGUUCAAGAAUGUUCUGUGCAUGAGUGAUUGCAUUUCACUCGUGGCUGAUUGUACACUGCUGUAAUACUGAAUAACACUGCACGAGUGUCAGUUGGCAAGUUUGUCAGUAUUACAUGGCAAACUGUGGCAGCAAAAUUGUAGCUAAGCAUAGAAAGGUCACUUGCAAUGCCUGUCUGUAUAUUUUUUCACAAGCAUUGUUCAUUAUGGUACAAAUCACUAAAAAUGUGAUAACAAAUAUACAUUUAGCUAUACAGUAUCAGUGCGCAUGUCACAAGUUUUCUCAUCCUGUAGCAGUCCCAUAUGCAUUUUCAUAAUCACUUUGUCAGCAGCAUCCACAAAUGCGGCAUAUGGUGCUGACUGGAUCAUUGGUAUGCAUUCAUCCGAUUUUUUAAAAAUAUUGCAAAGGUGUACAUUUGCAUUUGAAUGGUAUAAGUGCAAUAAUACAUGAUACACACUGAUAUGAAAAGUGUCCUGAACUUUACACAGAUAUUUAAUGGAUUGAUACUUCGAAAGUUAUGCUGACAAAUAAUUUUUUUCCUGUAUUUUGUUUUUUAGUAUUUCACGCCCCAUGCAGUGCAGUAAGGUAUAGAGAGCAAGGUUGGGCAUGCAAUCUUUUAUGUUUUUUUCUUUAAGUCAAGAAGUGAGACAACAGAAUGAGACAAUAUUGUGCAACAAACAGUUGGUCACCAAACAACUCGAAUAAAAGGACACUAACAGCAAAUGUUAAGGCAUUUUAGACUGCAGAGGUAUUCUUUCCAUACCUUACCUUAUUCCAAUUUCUUUGGUGGGUAAAAGCAAUUUGCUUUUAAUGAAAAAAGUGUAGGCCAAUCUCCGCGUUAUUGAAUUUCGUGCCUAAACUGGAGUGUUGGUGAUGUCAGUGUAUUGUUGCAGACUUCAUAUAACAUUUUUGUGCAACUAAGGCCAUCAUUUUUAUGCUGUAGAGGUUGCCAAGCUGAGUGUUGGUUUAGAUCGUAGCCGACUGUAACACGUCUUUCUGACAAAUGAUUAACCCUGAAUAUGCACUUGCAAACACCGUAAUGUCAUGCAAAUCUCGCACGGUAAUGUCAUAGCAGCAUCGGCACCUGUCUUCCUUAUUUUCUUUCUUUUGGCAUUACUUAGCAUACACAAUGAGGCUGACUGAUUUGCCAUUACUGAGGCAUAACCUAGCCAUAUAUCUUGACUUAACAUUUAUCUGCGGUGUCUCUUUAUGAGUAGUGAGGGCUGUUUGGUUCUGCAUCUCAGGGACAUAUCAUAUGCAUCACAGUGGAUUGUCCUUAUUUGUGCAUGUAUCGAAAUGAUAGUUUUAGCAUUCUGCGUAGACUCUACCGUUACGCUGCCACCACCAUUACACCAGCUUUGCGCUUGCUAUCUAAGCCACACCAGAUGCAUAAAGCUUAAGUUAGUGCGUAGAGAGCUAGCUGCAGUGCUGGUGGUGAAAUGGAGGUGGUAGGCUAAAACUCUCUAAUGACAUAUAAGGGCCUGAACUGACUGUUUGUUGCAACGCUGUUCAGUGGUCACAUUGAGCUAUCUGCACCAGUGUCAGCAUACCAAUGGCAGAUGGUAAACAUUGCGCUAGGUUGACGGGCAGCAGCUGUUCUCGAAUGCCCUUAGCGUUCAUUCAGCACAAGAAGCAGGCGGAAAUAUUUGGAGCCGGCGGCAGAUUGCCCCUUGUUUCUUCGUGGGGCGCCUGUGAAGUCAUUGUCUUCCUUUGUGAUCUCACAUAUUUUGACCGUGGGAUAUGACCACUUGACUACCAGAUUGGGUUUGCUUUUAGUUUUUACGCAGUGUAGUUUAGUUUUUUUAUUUGUGAGCGAGUUGUUGAAAACAGCAUGUGACAUUGUACAGGUUUGCACCCUGUAAGUAAAUGUCCAGCUUUCGUGCAUACCUGUUUUUCUGGCAUAAACAGUAGUGAAGCAUAUAGCAUUUUGAAAGUGUAACCUAGCUGUGUUAGUGUGACCUGAUUAUACAUUCCUUUUUUGUAUACCUGUAUGUGCUGUUGUCCAUUGUUCAUGCUUGCCCUAUGACAAGUGAGUCACAAUAGGAAAAUGUUGGUGUUCAGAAUGAAAUUGCCUUUACAGUAAUCAUUUGCUGGGCAUGCACUUUUAGGGUGAACUCAAUGUUCAGAGCUUCUCAGGUGGAUAUUACGAGAGAGAGACUCGUAGAUUGGUGCACCACCCACAGGCUAUAUUUUCCUGUUUCAUUGCCAUCCUGCAUGUGAACAGAUUGGACAACAUUAGUGAAUGGCCACCUCUAUGAUGUAAUGUCAUUCUGAAGGCUGCGUAAAAGCGAAAAUGCUGUUGAAA